UACUGCCCAUUUAUUUAUGUGUUUGGUUUUUUUUUUAUAUAAAUAAUACAGCAUACUGAAGUAAUCCAUCACAUAUCCCGAGUCAGACCUUUAGGAUGGGCCACAGCAAACCCGCUCAUCUUAAAGCACGAUAUAGCGUUGCGACAGAGAGCAUCGACACCGCUGGAAGUAGCACUGCACGGCGGAGUGCGGUCGUGUGACUCGACACUCGUGAUCUCCUUGUAAUCCAAUACCGACCAAACAACGCCCUGUCUGGCUUUCUCCUCCUCAAUUAGCCUACUUGGUGUAGCUCGCCGGUGACCUGGGAGAACACUGGAGCCAAAAUCUGAUCUUCCCCAAUGUCAUGGAUAAAAAAAGACGUUUCUGCUGGAGUUACAGAUAGCAUGAAAAAGAAAGGGAGCCGCAGCGGCGCCUCUUCCACCGUCGCUGCUGCCGCUGCCAGCCCCGGCUGCUUUGCCUUUGCUACCGCUGCCAUCCACUCGGGAUUGGGUUCGAAACCGGGCGCAGGCGGCAGCGCUAGUGUUAUGGACGAGGAGGAGGAAGGCGAGGAGGAACCCGGGCUGCAGCCGCAGCCACGCCGGGGAGAUGGCCGAGGCAGUGGCGGUGGAGACAGCAUCAGACUGAGGAACAUCAUACCAGGAGGGGGAGCCGCGCCAGCAGGGAGCAACAGCUCCAGCAACAAUAAGCUGUGCCUCUUGCAAGGCGAAGGAGCUGCGUCGAGUGCUGCCUCUCUUGCUGCUUCUCGCACGACCCCUGCUUGCCAGGGUGAUGCUGUUGGCUGUGCUGGGGGAGUUGGUGGGAGAGGGGGAGGAGGGGACUCAACCACAGCUGUGCUAGCAGCGGCAGCCGAGACCAGCACUAGCAGGAGUAACAGUGCCGCUAGCACGGGCACGAAAUGCAACAAAAACGGAGACUGCAUCCGAGAUCAAAGCACCGGGAGCUUGUCUUCCAUCAUCUCUAAGCAGGACAGGCAGCAGGGAAGGGGUGGAGGAGGAGAAGAGAGAAAAAAACAGGGUGCUUCCCCCAAAACCAGUGCUACCAGUAUGGAAGGGGCGACCACCACCACCACUACUACCACCACUGCAUCCUCAUUGAAUCAGGGUCAGGGUGACGAGCAGCCCCCUGCCCCCGCUAUUGUCCCGGAGAAAAGGGAACCCAAGGUGUCCUUUUCCAAUGCGCCAAGCAGGAAAGCGUCCUCGUCCGUGUACGGCCAGAAUCAAUCGCAGGCGCCACCGCAGCCUCAGCAGGACGACCAGCCCAGGAAUUCUGUCACCGUUCUCAAAUCCGACGAAUUCGCCCAGAUCUUAGCCGACGAUGGGGAUCCAGGAGGCAGCCAGGGGAGCUUCAUGCAGCGGCAGUUCGGGGCCAUGCUGCAGCCCGGAGUUAACAAAUUCUCCCUGCGGAUGUUCGGGAGCCAAAAGGCGGUGGAGAAGGAGCAGGAGCGGGUUAAAUCCGCCGGGGCUUGGAUCAUCCACCCGUACAGCGAUUUCAGGUUCUACUGGGACUUCACGAUGCUGCUGUUCAUGGUGGGGAACCUCAUCAUCAUCCCCGUGGGGAUCACCUUCUUCAAAGACGAGACCACCGCGCCCUGGAUUAUCUUCAACGUGGUCUCGGAUACCUUCUUCCUCACAGACCUGGUGCUGAACUUCCGCACGGGCAUCGUCAACGAGGACAACACCGAGAUCAUCCUGGACCCCCGGAAGAUCAAAAAGAAGUACCUGAAGACCUGGUUCGUGGUGGACUUCGUCUCCUCCAUCCCCGUGGAUUAUAUCUUUUUGAUCGUGGAGAGGGGGAUCGACUCCGAGGUCUACAAAACGGCCCGGGCGCUGAGGAUAGUCCGCUUCACCAAGAUCCUCAGCCUCCUGAGACUGCUGCGUCUCUCCAGGCUCAUCCGAUACAUCCACCAGUGGGAAGAGAUCUUCCACAUGACCUAUGACCUGGCGAGCGCAGUGAUGCGGAUUUUCAACCUGAUCGGCAUGAUGCUGCUGCUGUGCCACUGGGAUGGGUGCCUGCAGUUUCUCGUUCCCAUGCUCCAGGAAUUCCCCAGUGACUGCUGGGUCUCCUUGAACAAGAUGGUGAACGACACGUGGAGUGAGCUGUACUCCUUCGCACUCUUCAAGGCCAUGAGUCACAUGCUGUGCAUCGGCUACGGCCGGCAGGCGCCCGAGAGCAUGUCUGAUAUCUGGCUCACCAUGCUCAGCAUGAUUGUGGGCGCCACCUGCUACGCCAUGUUCAUCGGCCACGCCACGGCGCUCAUCCAGUCCCUCGACUCCUCCCGCCGGCAGUACCAGGAGAAGUACAAGCAAGUGGAGCAGUACAUGUCCUUCCACAAGCUGCCUGCCGACUUCCGCCAGAAAAUCCACGACUACUACGAGCACCGCUUCCAGGGGAAGAUGUUUGAUGAGGAGAGCAUCCUGGAAGAACUGAACGAGCCGCUGAGAGAGGAAAUCGUGAACUUUAACUGCCGGAAGCUGGUGGCGUCGAUGCCCCUGUUCGCCAACGCGGACCCCAACUUCGUGACGGCCAUGCUGACCAAGCUACGCUUCGAGGUGUUCCAGCCCGCGGACUACAUCGUCCGAGAGGGCACCAUCGGCAAGAAGAUGUACUUCAUCCAGCACGGCGUGGUCAGCAUCCUCACCAAGGGCAACAUCGGCAUGAGGCUCUCUGACGGGUCCUACUUCGGAGAGAUCUGCUUGCUGACACGAGGACGCCGCACAGCCAGCGUCCGGGCUGACACGUACUGCCGCCUCUACUCCCUCUCCGUGGACAACUUCAACGAGGUGCUGGAGGAGUACCCCAUGAUGAGGAGAGCCUUCGAGACCGUGGCCAUCGAUCGACUCGACCGCAUAGGUAAGAAGAACUCCACCCUGAUGCACAAGGUGCAGCACGACCUCAGCUCGGGCGUCUUCAACAACCGCGAGAACGAGAUGAUCCAGGAGAUCGUAAAGUACGACCGCGAGAUGGUCCAACGGGUGGAGCUGCAGCGGCCCAGGGCCAUGUCCAUGACGCCCCCCCUCCACGGGGCAAUGUUCGGCUACCCUGGUCAGCCCCAGAGCAGCUCUGCCAUCGCCACGCUGCAGCAGGCCGUAGCCAUGAGCUUCUGCCCCCAGAUGGUCAGCCCUCUCGUGGGGCCGGGGGUUCUCCAGUCCCCCCGCAUGGUCCGGCGCUUCCAGGUGGUGCAGAGCAUCUCCAGCCCCGUCUCGGUGUCUCCCCUCCAGUCCCAGCAGAUGUCAGCCGGGGCCUUAGCUUCGGCCGUCUCCAGCCCGCCUGUCCAGAGCCCCCUGGCGGCCGGAGGGCGAACUUUCCAGUACAGCUCCAGCCCCGGCCAGUCUGGUUCCCAGCUCUCCCUGGUCCAGCAGCGUGCCCCGAGCCCUCCCCAACGCCCAGCCGCCCACAAGAGCACCCAAGCCUUGCACACGGGCAGCUUGAGCCAAGAGGCCAGGCUGCUCUCCGCUUCCCAGCCCUCCCUCCCCCAAAACGGGUUCCAGGCAGCAGCAGCCCCUAGCCCACCACAGUCCACCCGGGUGUCGUCCACCUCCAUCGGCCCCCCGCAGGUUCACCCUGGCACCCCGGGCUCCUCCGGGCUCAGGGGGCCCCAGAGGGCAGUCUUGCCCCACCAGAUGUCAGUAGGGCUAGGGGGGGUCAUCUACCCCUCUACACCGCCCCCUGCUGGGGCUUCACCCAUGGGGCACCAGGACUCAGGAACACCCAAGAAGGAUUCGGUAGUUAGCAUCCCAGACACAGACUUGGUCAAAUCUAGGCUCUCUUCCAAUUUGUGACCUUGAGUGUUUUUAGGAGUCUUGGUUGAGAGCUGCGGGUUGCGUUUCGUUGACCCCCUCCCCCUCCCCUGUAAAUCUUCAAUCAGAAUGUAUGCUGAGUGAGUGGUGGGAGGGGGCAAAAGAAUCAGGAAAUUCAGAAGGACCUGCUUAACUAAGGAUUCUUACUCGAUACUAAGUGUACAAAAUAACGUGGGAUGUUUCUACUCCACAGACUCCAUACGUAGGCUCACGGUACAUAGUAGUAGACUCCCCCCCCCCCAUUCUGUCCCACCCCUGAAUUUAGCUUUAUUUACUGUAAAGUGGAUUUACAAAACACAAAAUAAUGUAUCUGUUAAAUAUUGUAUAGAGUCAAAACCAUGCAAACUGACGUGAGCUGGUCGAAAAAAAAACUAAAAGGGUAAUCAGGGACCUGCUUUGAAGACAACGGAGCCGCUUUGCAAAGUGUAUUGAGGUGUCCUUUUCUGCAUAAUCAAGCUAAAUAGCUAGGUGUUCUACUCAUGACGCUGUUAUAAUAGUCUGGUUUUAGAAGAAAAAAAAAGCUGAUAGUCUUUUAGACCGCUGGUCGAUCUUACAUCGAUUAUUAUAAAAGAAAAAAAAAAAAAAAAAAAAAAUUAUAUAAAAAAAAAAAACUUUAUUUAAUCUUUGUUGUACCUUCACAAGACCAAAGCUGAGCUUAAACACAAUGUUUGGGGUUUCUUCGUCAACAAAAAAAUGGCAUUUAUUUGACUGCCUUGAUUCCGACUGCGAUCGACUUUAGAAGCCAUAUUGUUAGUCCAUCUGUGCGUGUGUACGUGUGUUGGUUUAACCACGCUUUUCAUGAGCUGAGAUUUAACUCCGGGAGUAUCUUACCAGGAAGCUUCCAUUGGUUUUUUCAAAGAGAAAAAGCUGGUUGUCAAGUUUCCAAUAGGUUAUCUGAAUACCGAUUGAUAGAAAUGAAAAAUUGAAAUAAGCCACAAAAAAAUAAACUAAUUUAAUGUGAACGUGGUCUAUUUAAUGAAUAUUAAGUGCAGUGGCUGAAAGACACUUCGUCAGAAAGUUUGACUACUUUUUAGUACCCCACUGUCGAUUAAGUCAGAAAGCAAAUACUGUAACCUGUUCAAAUAAAUGCAUAAAAACAACAACCUAUUGAAAACAUUGCAAGCAGAGGUUUUUUUUCCCCCAAGCUGUUUGUUCCUGGAGUGAACGAUCCCCCCUGCCUGAUAAAUAAAAUCCUGCAAUCAAAACACAGGUGAGGGUGGAGGGACGCGCCACUGCAAUGCUUUCUCAGCAAGGGUCCUUGUUUGAUGAACUGGUUUUGAUUAAGCGGUUUCAUGUACGUCAGCGUGGGAUGCAGCACGUUUUUGAACUCAAUUGGAAAUCGUGUGUGCGUACGUGCGCGCGUGUGGGCGUGCGUGUGUCUUCACACAUAAAAGCAGUUUAUUAUUUAUUUUCUUUAUGAGAGCAACAUAAGUAAAAUGAUAAAACAAUGUGAUAGUUAGGCGGGGUUCGCUCCCUGUUGAUUUAAAUUUAAAUAUAUGUGUAUACAGUUAUAUAACCUCUUUGAAAAACAAAAGCAAAAACCAAUAGAGGCUUUGUUCCAGUGGCUAUGUAUCCCUCACCUGUGUUCAGAAUGCAGUUUGGUUGGCACAGGUACAGGUGGGUAAGGUGGUUAAGAUUCGCCAGGAAGCCGAACUGUUUUUAAGUUACUAAAGUAUUUUGGUUGGCUACCGCUGUUAGCCAUGGAUUUAUAUCUGCCUAGAAAUUUAUUAACCCCAAAAACAUGCCCCAAACCAUUCCAGUUCUGUGGUCUAAGCAUGGCUAGACUAUAGGGAUUCAAUUCAGGAUUUGGGGCAAAAAAGGUUCAGUUCGUGCAAUUAAUGGGCUGCAUGGAUUCACUAAUUCAUUCCAAAUAAACACUGCUCCACUUUCAGUCCGCAUUUUUUUUGCAUGAACUGAUCAUUUCCUAAAGGUUUCCCUUCAAGCUGAAUGAAUUGGGUCUCGGGACAGCAGAAUACUUUGGCUUGAAGCUCAGUUUGAACCACCAGCUGCAUCCAGGUCUUGGGAGCGCUAGUCCAGGGUCUGUCCUCCAAUUGAAAAAGAGAGAGAGUACAAUGAAAAAAAAGAGAAGAAAAUAACCCUAUGCUCCUUCAUACUGUAGGUAGUAACCCCUAACCCCUUUAGCAACCUGCUACUGGACUGUUAACUGACUACAGCCAAUGCUAAGCCCAGUUUUUCAUACUGCCAAGAACUUAAGCCCUUAAGCAACGAAGAGCUGCUAAAAGCAAUGGAGCUACCAGCAGGCUAAUUCUUUCAGGAUACGGCCAUACGCAUCAAAGCAUCAGAGUUGUUUAUUUUUAAAUGUGUGUAAUUCCCAUGGUUUAAAGAGUCUUCAGGAGCGGCAGCAGCUACUGUAUAACUGCCCAGAGCAAACCACAAAAACGGAUUUUGACGUCGGUGGGAGCAGUCUCUGUUUCAGGUUGCUUAUUGGGGGAAGGUGUAAGGGGUGGUUCUGAUUCCCUUAUUAAGGAGGAGGACUGAUCAGUACUUGGCUUGAACCUCCAGUGAAGAUCAGGUGCUCAGUGUAUGAAGUGGGGGCUUUAUCAGAUCCCCAGCAUGGUGCUGGCAUGGGGGACACUUUGUUGAAAGUUAAACCUGAACACAGGUUAGUACAACUCUGACCCUCGCUAUACCCCCUGCUAAGGCUGGACCAAUACUCCUACUCAGUUUUCAGUUUCAUUGUGCCUCGGUACAGCAGUAAAAACGCCAGCGCCCCGGGUGAGAGGAAAAUGAACUUCCAAUAACCUUUUAAAACACAGUUAAUUGCCGUUGGUUGGUAUUCAAUUGUAAAGUUGAGGGAAGGGCAGGAUUUCUUGUUUUGAAAUCAACACAUUAGCGAAUGGAUUUAUUUUCUUCUUAAAGGCAAUUCCGAUUACAAGCUCGCCCCUACCCCCUACCCAGCUAAUUCUGAAACACUGUUCUCAUCCCCUUUAGAAUGGACAUCUCUGGAAACGCAAUGCUGCAUCUAAGUGGAUGUAUAUCCAUAUCCAUCUUUAAACAAAUAACUUUAAUAUGAAUACAAAAUCAUCCUCCCUCCUCUUGCAAAAACUCAUUAAAAAACAGUCUUGCAGAUAGCACCGUUCGGUUUGCAACAGAUUUUAAUUUAAAACAUCUCUCUUGGUUUGUCAAGUGCAAUACGGUAAAAUAAAAAAUCAAAUGUAAUAAGAAAAAAAGACAAAUGACCCCCCCUUGACGUGACCUCUAGCUUGUACACAUCGUGUGCGCUGACCUCAUCACUGCAAUAAGUGUGCUCGCCAGAUACCCAAUAUUAUUCAUUAGGUUUGCUGUGAACUCUGCAAUGACAAAUACUCCAAUUCCAGACUGUGCCACACGCUUCACUUAACAAAGCUGGACUCCAGAACUCGCUGUACCACUGCAGGCUUUCGUGAUGGGAAGAAAUAUGAUGCCAUUAAAAGAGCUUUUCGUUCUUAUUAAUUUGGUUUUCCACAGACGCAGUGGGGAGGAUUUAUUACAGCAUUGGUUCCAGUGCAAACAGCAUUUUUUUUCACUAAAAUGAACUUUUUAAUGUUACAAAAUGUAAAUUCGAUGACAGUAGGUUGUUUGCGGAGUGUUAGUUCAGUAACAUUACUAACAUGCAAUCUGUAUGUACAGCCACCUGGACCGAUCUUGCUUCCUUCGAUACAAGUGAAUAAGACAGACCCUUUGCAUUUGCUAAACGGUUUAUUCAGGAUUCAUUGCAUUUCAUUUUUUGCCUAUUUGCUUAGUAAAUUUGCCACAGUGUGGGUAAAUAUUUACUAAAAGUAGAGGUUAGAUUAGCAGUACAGUAAACUAUAAACAAAAGUUGCCAGAUAGAAACAUUUUCACAGCACCUUUCCUCGAGCCAGGAGCAAGGGUAAAAAGGGAAAAAACAUUUUUUUAAUCAAAAAUGAUAAGUUCAGCUACACAAUGAGCUGGAGAGGAGUGAAACGGAUAGGUAGGAAUGCUUAGGGAGUGCUAACUAACACAGAUCCUAGAAUCAUCUAGAAAGGCUGUAAACCCAGUCUGAUACAAAUCAAAUCCUUUUCCAUGAAGCGUGUUUCUUUCACACCCCAGAAUUAUAAACAAGCCUAACGCACAGCACAGCAGCCAAGCAACUGAAUUCAUUUAUUUAGCUGCGUGUCCUUUAAACAGAGCCCAGGUGAUCCAAGCUCGAUUCUGUCCCCUUUGCUAUUGAUUGUCCUUCACAAACCCAGA